CAGAGGCCAAAAUUCAGCAACAAACUCAGUAGCAACGAUUAGAAGUCUUCCACAUACAGUGGUUGUUUUUAUUGUACUGGACCUUAACCCCGUCUUCGUCCCUUCAUUAAAGAAAAACAAAUGAAUCAUCUAGUCAUGAGAAUGAUAAUCCAUUCAUCAUUUCCUAAACCUCCAUUUCUUCAACACAACAAUAAUGUUAAUAACCUUUAUUUGUUGUCAGUCCAGCCUCCUCCUUUGAUUCUAAUCACAACCAGAAGCAGAAGAAGAAGUUAUGUUUCACGAUCAGGUAGUCAAAAAGCUCAAUUUCAAUUUAUCAAAAAAAGAAAAAAGAAAACUCACUUUGAAUACAAGCACUUGAUCAGUGCAUAUCUGGUCAAAUUAAGAAACUUGAUGAUGCAUUAGUAUACUUCGAUAAAUUGAUUUCGUUAAACCCCCUACCAGCUAUUGAAACAUUCAAUCAUCUAUUCAUUUCAACCUCAAAACUUAGAUGUCAUUCUUCUGUUUUUCCAAUGUAUAACAAGAUUAAAUCGAUUGGCAUGCAACCUAAUAUAUUCACAUUUAAUAUUUUAAUAAACUGUUGUUACCAGUUAACUGGAGUUGAUUACGGGUUCUGUUUGUUUGGAGAAAUUCUAAAGAGCGGAUAUGAUCCUAAUAUUAUAACAUUCAAUACUUUGAUUAAAUGGGUAUGUGUGCAAGGAACGAAUUCUUCUGCCCUUCAGUUGUUUGAUAAAAUGACUGGAACUGGGGUUUCACCCACAGUAUUUACCUACAAUAUACUAAUAAAUUCUCUGUGCAAAGAAGGGGAGAUGAGGAAAGCAAACCAGAUAUUCGAGAAAAUGAUGAAGUUAGGCAAGGAGCCUGAUGUGAUUACUUAUAACUCGAUGAUAGAUGGUUUGUGCUUGACAGGUAAGAUAGAGGAAGCCCGGAAAUUGUUUGAUUCAAUGGUUGAUAAGGGUCUUGAGCAUGAUUUAUACAGUUUCAGUGUGUUGAUUAAUGGGUAUUGCAAGAAGUUUAAGUUGGAUGAUGCUCUGCUGCUCUUCGAGAAAAUGAAGCAAAAGGGAAUAAAGCCAACACAAGUUACUUACAGUACUCUGCUGAAUGGACUAUGCAGGGCCAAAAAAGUUACAAUUGCACGGAGCCUGCUAUUCGAGAUGCAAUCAACUGGUGCAUCUCCAAACAUAGUUACAUAUAAUGCCAUGUUGGAUGGCCUUUGCAAGAAUGGACAUAUUGAUGAGGCGACAGAGUUAUUCCAUUCUAUGAAACUUAAGGGGUAUAAAGCUGAUAUUCAGACUUAUGGUUUAGUUAUUGAUGGGUUGUGCAAGUCUGGAAAAUUUCAAGAUGCAAAGAAAUUGUUUCAUGAAAUCCCAAAUCAAGGAUUAGUUCCCAAUGUUAGAACAUAUACCAUAAUGAUCAGUGGCAUGUGCAGAGUAGGUAUUUUAUUUGAGGCCGAGAAAUUGAUAUUUGAAAUGGAAAAGCAUGGUUGCGUGCCAAAUGCUGUAACCUAUGAAACCAUUAUUAAGGGAUUUCUUGAAAGAAAAGAAGUUGAGAAAGCCAAAGAGUUUCUUCAAAAAAUGCGACAAAGAAAAUUUUCACCAAGCAAUGCCCUUAUUUAUUAGUUAGUUAUUUCUCUGUGGAGCAGCUCAAAAACUUACUUUGGCUAAAUCUGUAUGUGACUGAAACAUUUACAGAAUGCCUUAUUAGGUAACUGCGUGCUUAUCUGGGUGGUACUGCCCCGUUGGUCGUAUAGGACUGAGGCCAGGGGUCGAGGUCAAAAACACAAGGUCGAUAUGGUAAUGCAAAUUGCUUUUGAAAUACCUGGUCACCAAGUAUUCAUGUUAUUUCAGGUAAGAAACUU